AUGAGGAGAGGCGAGAACGCUUUAAUCAAUAAGGCGCGAACGUACGGUGGGUGGGCGAAGGAGCGGAGAGACACUGGACAGAAUCGUGGAGGGCUCGUCAAUCUCUUUUUCGGACGCGGGAGAAAUGACGCUGACGACAACGCUGACGACAACGCUGACGCUGACGCCACGAGCGAGACUUCUGACGCUGACGCCACGAGCAAAACCUCUGACGCUGACGCCACGAGCAAAACCUCUGACGCUGACGCCACGAGCGAGACUUCUGACGCAACUACGGGCGGACGUGCUACGGAGCGGAGGGGCGGACGAACUGAUGAGGCGAGGCGAGAACGCUUUAAUCAAGUAAGGCGCGAACGUACGGGUGGGCGAAGGAGCGGACAGACCACUGGCCAGAAUCGUAGAGGACUCAUUAAUCUCUUUGUCGGACGCGGGAGAAAUGACGCUGACGACAACGCUGACGCUGACGCCACGAGCGAGACUUCUGACGCAACUACGGGCGGACGUGCUACGGGACGGAGACGCGGACCGAAUGCUGGACGGAGGACCAAGCUUACCGGUGAACAGACGGACAAACUUGCGCCAGCACAGGAUAGAGGAGGGAACAUCAGACGCGCCAUAGAGACGGCUGCUACGGGCCUACGUGCUGCUGGGCGGAGAGUGAGUGGCGGACAGGCGGGUGGACGUACUCCUCGCCGGAGAGGCGGAGUCAGACGAAGGCAGCGGAAUCAGGAAACCGUCAGUACCCCAACAUGGCCGCGAUUGCCGUCAUCUGGCGUGAGAAACGACAUAGCGACGCGCACCGUCACGGUGCAGAGUUCUGCAAACAACAACGAUGUCGUGAACGCACCCACGGACCCGAGAGGAGAAUCUGACCAAGGUAGCCAAGCACCGUCCGGAGACAACACACGAAUAGUAGGCGGAACAACGGCGGACGAUGGAGAAUACCCGUGGCAGGUGGCUAUGUUUAUCCGACGUAGAAGGUUAUUCGUUCGAUCAGCUCCGACGUUCCACUGUGGCGGGGUACUCAUUAGCGACCGACACAUUCUAACUGCUGCUCACUGCACCGAGGGCCUCACUACUGGGAGACGAGGAUACGAUAUAUUCGUAAGGAUUGGUACCAACCAGUUGCGGGAUAGGAACGCUCCGUUACGCCAGGUUCUGAGAUUCACGCAACACGCCAAUUACGUUUCGGCAACGAUCGACAACGACAUCUCCAUGUUGCUGCUCAGUGAUCCGGUGACCUUCACGGAUCUAAUUCAGCCGAUCAAUUUGUCGACUACUGAUACCAAUGAUCUGGUCGGCCAAUCAACGACAGUCACAGGAUGGGGGACAACUAUGUUCGAUGGCUCAAUCUCGACUAGUCUUCAGGAGGUUGUCGUGGUGGUCACCUCAGAUGCGACCUGUCAGGAAAAGUACGGUAGUGACUCCAUCAUCACCAACUCCAUGGUCUGCGCUGGAGAUCUGAUCAACGGUGGAAAAGAUGCUUGUCAGGGCGACUCUGGUGGGCCGAUGGUGCGGAUCGACGACUCGGGCACUACUGUUCUCGUUGGCUUGGUGAGCUGGGGAGCCGAGUGUGCCCUUGCAGACUAUCCAGGCGUAUACACAGACGUCGAGUAUUUGUCAAGUUGGAUAGCCGACACGCAAAGCGCGCUCACCUAACGCGUUCAUUGCUAUUCCUCACAUCGAAGCCGAACCGCGUUCCUCUUUAGUAUGGCACUUUAGUAUUCUGUUUAUGUAUUAUGAUUCUUUUCAACAUUCACUCUCUGUUCAUAAUUGAUUGCGUUAAUUGCGUUAUAACUGAGAGGAUAUAUCACACUCGUAGCGAGGAAAACUGGCGUGUGCUGCAACGUUGUAGGCCUACCGCAUGAAAAGAGGGGAAAUGCUACAAAGCAACAUUGUAUAUCAUCAUAAGGAUUUCACAUUGGGGAUUUUCAAUUUUAACUAUAUGUUAAUCUUAACUAAACAUUUCAUUACGCCAUUAUAUUAUCCCGUGGUUAUGUAACAUUUAUUAAUAUUAUCCAUAUAACCGCGACAGUCCGUUGGCUUUGCAAAAUAAACAGACCGACUGCAAAUUAUCUAGUUCGUAAAGCUUCGAUAUUCAUUUAGACUCAUAAUCACGACGUCAAUAUACGAUUCAUUUCGUCAGAGGCUGGCCAUGGGCGAGCACACAUAUAAGCCUGCAAAUCACAGAAAUUUUGUCAUGUUCGCUGUUGUGGCAGGCUGUGCGGAUAGUUCUUUUCUUUUUAGAAAAAUUGUGUGUAAUUACGGAAUUCCUGCAUUAUAGCUGCCAAUAAUUUGCUAUAAAAUACAUAUAAAACUAUAUAAUA